ACCGGCAGACCUGUUGCAUUUGCAUCCAGCCGUUUGACUGGUGCAGCAGGGAGCUGCUGAGAGUGUAUGUAGGAGCCGCCGUGCGAGUUCCCCUCUGCGCUUCCCAGCUGACUCUCUGAGCGGGAUGAUGCCCUGUGUGCGCAGCCAGGCCCGGCAGGAGCACGACAGGCCAUGAAUAUCUGAGGAGCUCUCCCGUUUUAGCCCUGUUUGCAGUGCCCUGAGCGCCUUCCUUGCCCAUCGAUCCUUACUGAAUAGUUAUUUGUGGCGUGGAAUUGGGGCUCAUCCCCACACAAGAUGGAAUCUGCUUCAGGCCAGUACAGGAAGACCAGAAUGCCUAGCAUAAAGUUGGCGCUGUGGGCAGUCAUAUUACUUACCAUAAAGUUCCCUGGUAACCUGGCAUCAGUGGACCAGACUCAAGGGGCAUACUUCUUACCUGAAUUUGCUCUGUCUCCACAAGGGAGCUUCCUUGAAGAUACAACCGGGGAACAAUUUCUGACUUACCGUUAUGAUGAUCAAACAUCAAGAAUCACUCGUUCUGAUGAUGAUAAAGAUAAUGGAUGGGAUGCCUGGGGCACGUGGAGCGACUGUUCUCGUACCUGUGGAGGAGGAGCUUCCUAUUCUUUGCGGCGAUGUCUGAAUGGCAGGAGCUGUGAAGGUCGGAAUAUACGAUACAAAACAUGCAGCAAUAAUGAUUGCCCAUCUGAUGUUGGGGAUUUCAGAGCACAGCAGUGUUCGGCACAUAAUGAUGUUAAAUACCAGGGACAAUAUUAUGAGUGGCAGCCAGUCUACAAUGAUGCUUCAGCCCCUUGUGCUCUCAAAUGCCAAGCGGUGGGGAAGAACUUAGUGGUGGAACUCGCUCCCAAAGUACUUGAUGGCACUCGCUGUAAUACAGAUUCCCCAGAUAUGUGCAUCAGCGGCAUUUGCCAGGCCGUGGGCUGUGAUCGACAACUUGGGAGCAACGCCAAGGAAGACAAUUGUGGAGUUUGUGCAGGAGAUGGCUCCACGUGCAGGCUGGUUAGGGGACAAACUAGGUCCCAUCUCUCCCCCGAAAAGAGAGAAGAAACUAUAAUUGCUGUACCGCAUGGAAGCCGCAGUGUGAGAAUAACAGUGAAGGGGCCAGCCCAUGUCUUUAUCGAAUCGAAAACCUUGCAGGGUGAAAGUGGGGAGCAUAGCUUCACCAGCCCAGGCUCUUACGUGAUAGAAAACACAACUGUGGAAUUUCAGAGGGGCUCUGAGAGGGAAAUACUGAAAAUACCUGGCCCACUACGAGCAGAUUUCAUCAUUAAGAUCAAGUAUGCAGCACCUAAAGACAGCAUUGUGCAGUUCUAUUUCUACCAACCAAUUAGCCACCAGUGGAGACAGACAGACUUCUUUCCCUGCACAGUGACCUGCGGAGGAGGGUAUCAACUAAAUUCUGCUGAAUGUGUGGACAUUCGAUUAAAUCGGACUGUUAAUGAUCAUUAUUGUCAUUAUUAUCCUGAAAACAAGAAGCCAAAACCCAAAUUGAAGGAAUGUAACAUGGAGCCCUGUCCUUCCAGUGAUGGUUUUAAGGAGAUAAUGCCGUAUGACCAUUUCCAGCCUCUCCCACGGUGGGAACAUAAUCCAUGGACAGCAUGUUCAGUGUCUUGCGGAGGAGGCAUUCAACGAAGAAGUAUUGUUUGUGUAGAGGAGACUAUGCAUGGAGAAAUACUGCAAGUGGAAGAAUGGAAAUGCAUGUAUGCCCCUAAGCCUACCAUUAUGCAGACAUGCAACCUCUUUGACUGUCCAAAGUGGAUGGCAAUGGAGUGGUCACAGUGCACAGUGACAUGUGGCAGAGGAUUGCGGUACAGAGUGGUAUUGUGCAAUGAUCAUCGUGGGCAGCAUACAGGAGGAUGCAAUCCCCAACUAAAACCACACAUAAAGGAAGAAUGUGUUGUUCCAGUGCCAUGCUUUAAACCUAGAGAGAGGUUCCCAGUGGAAGCCAAACAUCCUUGGCUCAAACAAGCUCAGGAGCUGGAAGAGACUAAGACGGCAUCUGAUGAACCAACGUUUAUCCCAGAAGCCUGGUCUCCUUGCAGUGUCAGCUGUGGUAGAGGGAUGCAAGUGAGGCAAGUCAAAUGUCGUAUACUGCUGUCAUUCACCCAGACUGAACUGGAAUUGCCUGAUGAAGAGUGUGAGGAGGAAAAACCAGAUACAGAAAGGGCUUGCUAUCUUCUGCCUUGUGAAGGUGAUCCUGGGACUCAGACAUCAGAACAUCUGCCACACGAUAUUGAAUCUCCUCUGUAUGACUGGGAAUAUAUUGGUUUCACUUCAUGUUCCAGUUCAUGCUCAGGAGGAAGACAAGAAGCAAUUGCGGUUUGCCUUAAUAUGCAAACAAAGCAAUCUGUGAACAACUCUCUAUGUGACAGUUCAGUGCGUCCACCAGCAAUGACUAGAGCCUGCAACACGAAGCUUUGCCCACCAAGGUGGAAUACUGGUUCCUGGAGUCGGUGCUCAGCCACAUGUGGUGUGGGAAUACAAACAAGAGAUGUCUAUUGUUCCAGUGUUUCAGAGUCUGGCAAUAAUUCCGAACAAGAGUGUGGUGCUGAAAAGCCUUCUGCAAUACAGCCCUGCAACCAGAUUGACUGCCCUCCAGCUUGGCAUACAGAGGACUGGCAACAGUGUUCGCGGACAUGUGGAGGAGGCGUCCAGAUUCGCAGAGUGACUUGUAAACAGUUGUUGGCAGAUGGAAGCUUUCUGAAGCUUGGAGAUGAACUAUGCCAGAUGCAGAAGCCAGGAAGUCACAAGCCAUGUGGGAAAGCAGACUGUCCCCCGCAGUUAACUACAGGAGAGUGGUCCAAGUGCUCUACAAAAUGCAGUGUCGGGAUCCAGAGAAGGAAGAUGAUAUGCCUGAAGAUAACAGCCAAGGGCCACCUAAUCCCUAUCAAUGAUUCACAUUGCCAUGGACUCCCUUCCCCAGCACUUGUUAGGUCAUGCCAUAUGGGUGUGUGCCAGACUAAACAACAUAACCCAAACAGAGAAACCAGCCCCGAAUCCCCGGAAAUCCUUAGCAUCCACCGUGUCUAUAUUCAAACUAGACAAGAAAAACGCAUUAAUUUUACUAUUGGUAGUAGAGCCUAUUUACUUCCGAAAACUUCAGUCGUCAUUAAAUGCCCGGUGCGGGGGAUCCAAAAAUCACUUAUAAAAUGGGAAAAAGAUGACCAGCCACUGAAAUAUUCCAAAAAACUUGGGGUUACAAAAUCUGGAUCACUAAAGAUACAUAACCUAGAGGCGCAGGAUAUUGGGGUAUAUAAGUGUAUUGCAAACUCAGCACAUGAAACUUUUGUUCUCAAGCUUAUUGGCAGAGAUAAUAGACUUCUAGAAGCUCCGAGUUUUGAAAAAGAUCAUAAUGAAGCUAAUAAUUUAGGAGCAAAAUGGCAUAAAAUGAGCAAAAUGUGGAAAUCAUGGAAUAAGAAAAAUAAUUUGUAUCUGGAAGACAGCCAGGCGCAAGAGGAACUGGUCUUACGGAAUCUUGAAACCCUGGUGAGCAACUCAGCUGAGGUAUAUGGCUCCCAAGACUUUAAAGAGAAGAGGUUGGAAGCAGCAGUUCUACAAGGUGCUUAUAGUAUGGACACAGCUCAGUUUGAAGCUCUAGUAAAGAAUAUGAGUGAGCUUAUUGAAGCUGGGGAAAUAAGUGAUGACUUUGCAUCACAAAUCAUCUCACACGUUGUAAAUGAACUUUCCAAGCCUCAGUCCACAACUGAUAAGUGGAAACAAACCACUGAAAACAACAAAUCAGACACCAAGUAUAUAAACAAAGAACCGUAUGCGUCAGUGCAUUUCAACAUUAAAGACGCAGAAGUAGAAAGUGGCAAGCAGUGGCAACAGAUUAUUCGCAAGCAAAAACCAGGUCAAGUAAUGUCCACUAACAGAACCUUGCAUUUAAUUAUUGGAAAUUCUGCCUUUUUUACCAACAAUACACAGCGUAUCACUAUACAGUGUGAAGUGGCUGGGGAUAGUAUUACAAAAAUUACUUGGGCCAAAGAUGGAGAGCCGUUGACAUCAUCUGAAAAGAUUGCAAUGGAAAACAAUGGGAUAUUACAAAUCCUCAGCCCAAGUGCUAGAGAUGUUGGUUUAUAUGAAUGCAAAGCAAUCAAUGAAUAUGGCUCUGAUAAGGAAUCUUCAAGGCUGAACUUUGCAGAAAGACCUGCCAUCCAAUCCUCUGAAAAGAAUAUCACAUACCUGGAAGAUGGUAGCAUCAUUGCACUUGUGGGUGGUACUGUAAUGGCAAGGAGGGGAGUAAAUGUAAUGGUGCAAUGCCCUGUAAAAGGUUUCCCUCAGCCCAAAUUAACUUGGUUAAAGAAGGAAUAUGCUCUGGCAAACAAUUCUUUUCUACUCUCCAACGGUUCCCUACUGCUCACCAAUGUAUCAGAUGGAAAUGAGGGAACGUACUUCUGCAUAGCAACCAAUGCCCUUGGAAAAACAGUAGCAAUGUCCGUGCUUCGCUUAUCUGGUCACAGAAUUCAAGACUCGAGCGAUGAACAGUCCAAGGGGAAAGGCAGGCGGAGAAUUAUAAUGGCUUCUGCCAGUGGCACUCAUGUUGAGGGUAAACUGGGAGAUCUGUUGCGUAUAGGUUGCCCAGUCCAAACCAGCCAUCGGAAUACAAUACACUGGUUUUUAGGAACACAGCCCAUUGAAGGAAUUGAAGGGUUUCAGUACAGAGUUCUGGUCUCGGGUCGUGUUCUGGAAAUAUAUCCCUUAUCUGAGCAGUCGGUUGGAGAGUACAGAUGUUGGACUUCAAAUAAUUCAAAGACGAUGUCGGCGUGGGUGAAUGUUACAUUACAAAGUUACCAAUUAGAAUAUGGUGAUUGGACUCAGUGCUCAUCUACAUGUGGGAACAACGGCACACAGAGCAGCACACAACAUUGUGUUAAUGUGAAGGGGCACCGAGUGAAUGACUCGUGGUGUGAGCAUCUUCAUCCGUUAGUUAUAAGGUCGCAGGCAUGCAAUAGAAAAGACUGUCCGGCAAGAUGGUUUCCAGGUGCUUGGUCUGACUGCAGCACCUCAUGUGGCACAGGAUUCCAGCAAAGACAAGUGAUUUGCCAACAAACAAAGUUGGAUGGAAGCAUAAAAGUUCUUCCUUCUGGCUCCUGUCAAUAUGCUGACCGUCCGGUGACACAAAAGCCAUGUUCUUCAGAUGCCUGUGUAGACUGGAUUCCUCAGCCCUGGGGACAGUGCUUGAAUCAGUGCAUUGGACAAGGAAUGGGUUUGCAGCAUCGCCAAGUGUUGUGCCAGCACCAUAAUGGCACUACUUUGCCAGAAGCUUCAUGUGACAGGAAAAAGAGGCUAGCAGCCAGAAAAACAUGUCCGUCUGAAAUGUGUGAUGUGUACUGGAGGACAGGUCCCUGGAGACCCUGUACUGCGGCGUGCGGGAAUGGUUUCCAGUCUCGGAAGGUAGACUGUAUGCACAAGAAGAACAGCAAAGCGGUGGCUGACCAGUACUGUGUGUGGAAACGGAGGCCAACAACUUGGCAGCACUGCAAGGCCACAUCCUGCGGAAAGGGAGAAUGCAAGGACACAACUCACUACUGUACAUUUGUAAAACACCUUAAGUUAUGCCACAUAGAUCUCUACAAACAAAGGUGUUGUGAAUCGUGUAACGGAGCAUAACUUCUUCUGAAACAAACAAACCAAAACUGAAGAGAGAUACGAAGAAAUCCCACCAAUUUGUAAAAAGUCUGUACAUAGCAAAGUUUUUAGCCCCUUUGGCACCAAAGAGAUCCAGACCCGCAGUAUCUAUAGCCUAGUUAAUCCUUUGGUACCAAUUCAGUAGGGACCUCUGAACACUAAGAAUGAAAGCACAUUUUAUGAAGCCUU